GAACAGUGAUCCAGUGUGGUUGAUCCGAGCUACUCAAAGAUGAAGCUUAGCUUCGUAGGUGUUGUAGUGGGCAUUUGCCUGAAUGCGUUCGUUUCUAUCGAGACAGCGGAAGCGGCGUUAUGUCUGUGUCACCCGUCCAGCUGCUUGAUAAUCAACGCGAACAGCUCCGUACUGAGCCACUUAGAGCUGCACUGCCCCACGCCCAUGAUCAACAUCAACGAUCUGCUGAUCUUACGUUACUUCGAACCCAGUCUCCAUACGGAUGCGUUCUUGUCGUUCCCCAACCUCACAUCACUGGAAAUCUUCCAAGGCUCACUGGCCCGCAUCGACCCCGGAACGUUCGAAAAAGUCCCCGACCUGACGAAGAUCAUCAUUCGCAACAACAUGCUGAGCUCGCUCGAGGACUACACGUUCCGCGGCUUAGGCUCGCUUCAGUUUCUUUACCUGAUCUCGAACGAAUUGGCGACUAUUGCGCCGAAUGCGCUUGACGGGCUCAAGAACCUCACUCAUGUGGUGCUUUCCAGCAAUAAGCUCGCUAGUGUGCCUGCCGAACUCUUCCGCUCCAGUCCCGGGUUAUUGUCGAUUCACUUGAACAACAACAUGCUGAAGGAGCUGCCGGUCGGGCUUUUCGACAACAUAGCUGAACUCAUCCGGUUGGAUCUAUCCAACAACCAGCUGGUGACCUUCGAUUUUCCCCAGCUCAAGGUAACGCUGCUGUUCCUGCACAACAAUUCUCUUACAAGUCUGCAUCUGGAUGAUAUGACGAAAGUGGUACAAGCGGAUCAGAACCGCAUCAGCACAAUCACCGGUUCUGGUUCCGGUAUUACCGAUCUGUUGCUGAAUGAUAACGCUCUCACGAACAUCACGCCACUGACGCACAUGACGAACCUCACGAAGCUUAACCUUAGCAAGAAUCCGUUAGCACCGAACAGCGUGUUUAGUGGAUUGUCUCGUCUCCGCGAGCUUCUGUUGAGUCACACCAACAUCCAACUGAGCGAUGCAACCUUUGCUAACCUCACUCAGCUGGUGAUGUUAGAUCUGUCCUACAACAAUCUCACGGAGCUCGACUUCCAUAUGUUCAGCUCCCAAAUGGAGCUGCAGUCGUUGAUCGUCGCGUACAACAACAUCAGCAAGAUCAACUUCAUCGAGCUGCGUGAGUACCUGCCCGAGUUGCGUGUGCUCGAGAUCUGCGGUAAUGGCUGGAACUCGACCUAUCUGCAGCAGAUGUUGAGUCAUAUGCGCCGGUACAAGCUGAAGGCGGAUAUGCAGGGGUUGGCUCACACUGUGCUCUUUUCGUCUGCUUACAUCGAACUGUGCGGGACGGAACCGGCUGGAAAGUCCACAGCCGAUGACGGUGACUACUACACGGACGAUAUCAGUGAUAUCCUGAAUGAGGACAUCGACGAAUUCUACCAUUCAUCUACGCUUAAAGUUGAUAGCCGUGGGCAAGAAUCUACCACGGCCAGAUCGGAUGUGACACACGUAACUGUAAUGAACGCGGCAGCUGAGCCUUCGAUGAGGUUAAACGCCGUACCAAACACCGCGUCUGUUCAAGCAGUAGUUCCUGACGCAGAUUCGACAGACCCAUCGUCACCGCUGUUCAUAGCAUUCCAAGUGCUGGCGUACAUGUUUGCCGUGUUUGGGGUCGGGUGUCUCGUUGUGUUGGUGUACUACUUGCGUCAACGUCGGUUCGAUGUUCAUCGACUCACUCCCGUCGAUAAUGCAGACUCGGUGCGGCUCGUCUAGAGAUUCUGUAGGUCCAAAGUAAUCAAAAACUGCGGAAACUAUGUGAUUCUACCAAUCUGAGAUCGACGUUUAUAGGCGGGUGUGUGGGUUUAAGAAAACACGAACGAAUAACUGUACGGUUGCAAAAAUGAUAAAAAAUUACAUAAUGUGGCAAAAAACAACGUAGAAUAAAAUGUGGAAAGAGUGAUCGUACCCCAUUUCUGUUUGCAUAAGAACAUUUAUCCUAUGGCUGUCAGUAGGCGCAAUAGCGAGUAUCUACACAGAAAACAUAAAUUUUAGAUAAAAAUGGAAACAAAUCACUAAGCACAACGUUCACUAUGCACAACGUGGGAAAUUGAUCGCAUAACGAAACAGAGUCGAAAUCACCGAUCUGCACCCAAAACGCAUCUGCUGGAUUCACUUGUUAACACUGGU